AUGCCUCGACACGCGGCUUUCUUCGGAAAAUACCUCAGGCUGAAAGGCCAGGCUAUCCGCAAGGGGUUCAAGAAAAAUCAGAUCAUACAUCCGAUUCCCGUAAAAGCAUACGGUCGUGUGCCGUCGGCAGCAUCGCAGACAGGCCUCUACCACGAUGAGGACUACAACUACUACUCAAAGGUCGCGUUCUCGCUCAAGCGCACGCGCGUCAAGCUGAAACCUAACGUAUUCAAGAAGGAUAUCGAGUCGAAGCUUCUCAACGUCACCAUUCCAAACGUACGGGUGACCACCAGCGCUAUACACGCCAUGACAUCAGCCGGAGGAUUCGACAAUUAUAUACUAGACACUUCUCCGGAGCACAUGAGAUCGCAGCUCGGUGAGAGGAUGCGGAGUGUGGCGUACUUCUACAAGCAAUUCCCUGACAUCAGGGCCAUGCAGCUGCCGUGGAAGGUGUUUUACUCCGAGCGCAGCAGGGCUGACCCUGCGUUCGCCAUAUACAAGCAUACCAUGGCUAAGCAGCGCAGCGAGGAGAAGGCUGAGCGUGACCGACGCCGAUUCUCGCCCUUCUACCUACCACCAUCCCAUGGUCUCAUGCCGGAGCGGCAGAAGUUCCGCACCCCAGGAACAGAUAAUUAUCCGGAUUCCACGGAUCCUACGGACACACCAGAUAGCAACUCCGGAGCAGGCGCUGAUGCUAGGAAGCUAGACCUGUGGUGGAAACAAGAGGGUCGUGAGGAAGAAUUCCGCCGCCGUCUAGGCCGUGCAACCGGAUUCGACGCGGCGCACGUAGACGUGGACAUGCAAGGAGCGUACCGCAAGGGCGGAGCGCGAGGAGGCGGCGGCCCCCACGGCAAGUCCGUCAGACGCCGCAGCAAGACUUUCCACCCCAUACACAAACAUAUUACGCAUAAUUAG